AUGAAGAUCUCAGCUAUUGCUUCAGCGUUCUUGGUUACAGCUGCCUCGGCGGCCACAAUUCCCCAGGCUGCGUCUUCGAAAGAUCUCGAGGCACGUCAACAGACCGGCUCGUACACCAUCUCAGGCCUUGGGUCGCGUAAGAGACAAGUCACUGCCGCAGGAGCCAGUUCUCUAAACCUAGCGAUUGCCAUGCUCGAGACUGAGCGCAUGGAUACGAAUUACGCCUAUGGGGACAACAAGCAGAACGACGCGGCCAACUUCGGCAUCUUCAAGCAGAACUGGGGCAUGCUCCGUGUAUGCUGCAGCCGCUUCAAAGGGCAGUCACAGUCGAGUUGGAACAACGGCGCUGUUCUGAACUCCAACCUUAACGCCGACGUCCAGUGCUUGAAUGAAUGCCAGUCAUACUAUGGUCAGAACAAGUGGAUCGCUGGCCACCGUAAUGGCGAGACUGGUCUCAAUAACCCCAACACUCAGGACAUUCGCAACUACAUCGAUGGGGUCAAGUACAUUGAGAAUCAGUUGUUGACGCAACCAAACGGCCUUACGAACGAUGUGCGCUACUAUAUCUACGUCGUUCCGAUCUAA